AUGCGGAGGCCACUGCGAUUGCUUCAAGCUAUUCGUCCCUACAUCUCCAACGCGGGUCCGUCACCGUGCCUCCAGACCUAUCUCAACCGGUCUCAGUCGACUAUGCCCCCACUGAAUGCGGCUUCUCAGGAAGCUAUCGCACGUCUCCGAAACUACGUGCCCCCGCCCACAGCCUACUACGACGUCCCGCUGUCCCGGCGCGCAGCAGUGCUGAUCCUGCUGUAUGCCGACCCGAAUGGCGACCUCAGAGUCGUCAUUACGAUCCGGGCCAAGACGCUGAGUUCGUAUGCGGGAGAUGCGGCUUUGCCUGGAGGCCGAGCAGACACGCUAUCAGAAACGCCCUUCGAAACUGCCCGCCGCGAAGCGUGGGAAGAAAUCGGCCUCCCGGGGAUAGGAAGUCCGCUGCCCGACCCUUCGCCGUCGAGCAUCUCUGCGAGCUACCGGCCAGCCUGGCCAAAACAGAACUCGUGCGCGACGGGCAAGACCGCUGACCCAGAGGUUUCGCUGAUCCCGAAGCUUGACGCACGCGAGGUGGCGGCCGUGUUCACGGCGCCGUUUCACAGGUUCCUGUGCCUGAGGGGCCCGGAUGCAGCUGGGGAUGUGCAAGGGGAUGACGACCCGGGGCAGUGGUAUCGGGGAUCGUGGAGCCGAUGGCAUAAUUCUAAUUGGCGAAUGCACCAAUUCUUUGUCCGGGCUCACAACGCAGUGCAGCCUCGCAGCCCCGAGCAAGCAGCAGCGCAGCAACAGGUCGCCGGACAGCGCUAUCGAGUAUUCGGGAUGACGGCGCGAAUCCUCGUGGAUGCAGCGCGACUGGCAUACGCGUCAGAGCCGGAGUUCGAGCACAACAGUCACUUUGGUGACGAGGUGAUGAUCGCCAAGUUGCGGAAGCUGGGCCGGCUGGGGCCGGAGCGUAAAGCGUCGGAUGAACUAACUCUGGAGACGAUGGAGAAAGCGGCUAAGCUAAGUUAG